UAGACGUCCUACGUUGAUUGCUCCGUGCGUGGUGACGUAGUGAUGCCGUCGUUUCUGAUUGGUGAGCCCAGCCUCCAUUCCUCAAACCAAGAUGGCACCGACCCUGGUGGAGCAUGUUGUCGCAGAUGCUGGAGCGUUUUUAAAGAAAGCUCCUCUGCAGGACAUCGGCAAGAACAUCUACACUCUGAAGGAUGUGGUGGACGAGAUUCGAGACAAAGCCACACGGAGGAGUUUGGCCGUGCUGCCCUACCAGCUCAUCUUCAGGGAACCUCACCCGGAGCACGUCCGACACGUGACUGAGUUCUCCAAGAGGACCGGAGACUAUCCGAGCCUCUCAGCCACUGACAUUAAAGUCCUGGCUCUGACCUACCAGCUGGAGCUGGAGCACGUUGGCUCCCAACACAUGAGGAGGGAGCAGGAGGUCAAGGUUAACGUUAACUUCACGCAGUGCCACCCAGAGACGCCUUUUAAUGUGGCAGGAUUCCACUUUCCCUCCAAGAAGUCUGCAGGUGGGUCAACCAGCAGAACAGCUCGUGCAGAGACACUGGACCCAGACGAUGGUGACCAGUUUAACAGCUUCCAGUUCUGGAGAGAGCCAGUGCUGUCCCUCGACUGCGACCUGCUGGAUUUACUGGGACCAGUGCAGGCUCCAAACUCCGGCAACAGAGACAAACAGACGUGUCCUACGACUCCCGACAGUAACGAGUUCAACAGCUUCCAGUUCUGGAGAGAGCCACUGCCGUGUGUCGAUGACAGCCUGCUGGACCUGCUGAAAACUGAAGAUGUGUCGGUGUCCAACAUGUCGCCGGAAACAAACGGCCAAUCAGACGAGGACAAAGAGAAUGAGCCAGAUGACGACGACGACGACGGGGGAGGGUGGAUCACUCCCAGUAACAUCAGACAGGUGACAAUGGACUCUGCUGAUUGGACGUCUCCUGUUGAUGUGAAGGUCGGAUGUCUGACCACCGACUUCGCCAUGCAGAAUGUUCUCAUUCAGAUUGGACUCCAUGUUCUGUCUGUUGACGGGAUGUUGAUCAAACAGGCGAGGAACUACAUCCUGAGGUGUCACGCCUGCUUCAAGACAACCACUAACAUGAACAAAGCUUUCUGUCCUCACUGUGGAAACAAAACUCUAAAGAAGGUGGCCGUUACUGUCCGAGAGGACGGCAGUGUGCAGAUGCAUUUCUCCAAAAACCCCAAAGUGCUGAACUCCAGAGGACUCAGGCACUCGCUGCCUCUGCCUCAGGGAGGGAAACACACGGACAACCCCCAUCUGGUGGAAGAUCAGCGCUUCCCCCAGCAGAGAAUCUCCAGGAAGGCUCGUCAGAAGACAGACGUCUUGGCCCCGGACUAUGUGGCCGGAGCGUCGCCUUUCUGCCAGAACGACAUCUACAGUCGAGCUGCCAACCUGCACAUCAAAGACGCAGAGUGUGGAGGCGGCAGGCGGAGAGCCAACCCCAACGCCAGCCGGAAGAAGUUCAGCAAAAAGAAGUGAAGGAGGACACAAGUCGAAAUCAGACCAGCUCUGGUGUUUACUUAUUUAUCACACAUCACUUAUUAAUUCCCAGUGGAAAAGAAGAAAAAAUCAUCUCAACAGCCUUCCAUUUGUGUAAUAUUCCUAAAUAGUAGAUCACUUUACUUGGUGACACUCGUGCAUACUUCUCAUCAUGUAAAGCAAAAGACCAGUGUUCAAAUAAACCCGAUACGUAACUCA